AUGGGGACGCUGCCAUGCCCAUGGAGAUCUGGCCACCUCUUUGCUUUCAUCACCUUCGCCUUGUUGUUCUCGACUUCAUUUGCUGGGAGACACUACAGUUUCUUGAUGGAUCAAGAUGCCCUUCGUCAACAAGGAGAGGCAGCACGAACUGAACAGCAGGAAGCACUUGUGCCAUUGGUGCAAGCUCGGAUGCUCAGCGUCAAGACGAAUGAUUACAGCAGCUAUGACCCUUCCCCAUCCAUGGACAAGCCACACUCCAAGCUCAUACCAAACUGA